AUGGGAGGCAUCGACGAAGGCGAUCCUCACGACUCCGGCCUCACUUACGGUCUCGCCGAUGGUUUUCACUCGCAAACGGCCGCUCAAAUUCUUGUCGAGGAGAUUGUUGUCAUGGGCGUUCACCAGCCGAUCGUUACUAACCUCGACUCCGAAGAGCAAGGCGCUGGUCGUUUCUGGAAGAACAAUCGUUUUGAGAACACGAGGCCGAAACUACCAUCUGUGAGCUUGUCAAGGCCAAGGAUGGUACUGGUGCUGUAUCUGCUUAGAUGGCCAGACAGCGGUCUUGGGAAGAAGAGCCUCGUGGAUGGCGAUGUUUGA